AUGUCUGAAUCCAGUGACAAAAAGUCGAGCGCAGCGGGACAACAGGGAAACAGAAUGCCGGGAGUCAAGAGAGAUUACAAGGGCAACAAAAAGGACCUCCCUGUCCGUGAUGCACCCCGCAACGAGUACACGUCCAUGUUUGAGGGCUUCCGCAAUGAGCUCGACAAGCACCAUGACCGCCGUGAGAAGAUUGUCAAGGUCUCACGGGAUGUCACCGCCCUAAGCAAGAAGAUCAUAUUUUCCCUACAGAGAGUCCGCAAGCUUGGCCAACCCAUUCCUCCCAACAUCACCAAGGAAAACGAGGAACGUUUGGCAGAGAUCAAGUCGAUGCUGUCGACCAUUGUAGACGAUGUGUCUGGCAUCCGGCGGUACCGCUACAAUCUCAUCUGCCUAGAGGAGUUUGUCGAGGCCAUCUCCUUUGCCUACUACCUUGAGCACCAGAGUCUCAUUUCCCCAAAGACCACCCAGGAGGCGCUGGGCGAUGUCAACAUUCCCUUUACAGCCGCCGACUACAUUUACGGAAUCUUUGACCUUACGGGAGAGAUGAUGCGCUUCGCCACUACUGUCACGGCUCUUACCGGCGCCAUCCCCACCGGACCUGUGGCCGAAAAGUCGAGCACUGAUGAGGAUUCGGCCAUGACGGAUGGCGACGAGGCCUCUGCACCCAGAAACAUUCUCGGCGAUCUUCAGGAUGUCUCUAGUAUGCUGCAGCUCGUGCAGCUAAACGAUCGCAACUAUCGCAAGAAGAAGGAUGUCAUGAUUGAGCAGGUGCGCAAGGUGGAGCGUGUUGGCUAUGGUGUCACCGUCCGUGGCAACGAGCGUCCAAAGGGCUGGAUGCCGGAUAUGAAUGAAGACUAUGGCGGCGGAAAUGAUGAUGAUGGACAAGAUUGA